AUGGCCGAUUCUACUACAGAUCAGAGGUCUAGCAGGCCCAAAGCACGACAAUCAAUUGCGCACGUACCGUCUGCGAAGACGCACUCGUCGAGGGACAAUGCGACAACGGAUAUUGCUGCCCUUCAAGCUCGACACACAGAGGCUAGGGCGGCAAAAAAGAAGUCGCGUGGCAAGAGUCUUGGUCCAGGCGGACUUGAAGCCUUGAAGGAGUCGACGGGAAACGCAACAAAGCCUACGACGCCGUUUCAAAUUAAAUCCAUACUCAAACCUUCCAUACCUCUGACGCCUCCUAAAGCUAUACCGUCGUUUGACGAACUGCGCAAGCGGAGUACGGGAAAAGACAAGGCACAGACGAAGAACAACGCCGAAGAGCUGCUCAUCGACUUCUCCACUCCAGGUCCGAGUGGGCAGAAUGCAGGCGCGGUCGCAAUGUCAGGCGCUGAGAAUGUGGCUGACCCCUUUAGUCCUAUGGCGCGACGAUCUCCCAGGAAAGCCGAGGGAGCGGGUGGAAGUGCAGAAGCUCGAGAGCGCGAGCAGGAAGAGGAGCGGAAGCGCAAGGCAGAGAAGGAGGCCAUAUUGGAACGCAGAGCGGCGAGGAGGAAAUCGCUGGCAAAUCGUCGAGUGUCGUUCGCGCCCGAGGCUACCUUGCAUACGUGGAGCGUCAUGGAACUUGCUGAGGACUCAACCACGAGUUCCGCCUCCAACUCCACAAGACGCCAAUCCUCGAUGACUGCACAAUCACCUGUCAAAUCGAUACCAUCGCCUGAACCAGCAGAUGCGCCUUCGACUCCUGCCGGGCAGACUGAAGAGCUACUUGUCAAGGAGUCCCCUGCGAAGCAGAGGGGCGGCCGCCAGAGUAAACGCAGUCGCAGAAGCUCAGGUCUCGCAGAACCCACGCUCGAUGCCGAAGAGCUGACGUAUUCUUCAAGUCCCUCGGGAGAUGUCACCACUAAUAGCAGUCCUGUCAACUACGAGGAAGGUAUCGAGUCUUCAGAUGACUCAGACACCGAUGGCGAUACAGCGAUGAGUCUGGAAGACGCUACUUCACAUACGGUAGCUUCUGAGGAUUCUGGAUCAAGCACCCCUUCCAGUCUGGAAGAACGCCUGCGGCAAGCUGCCGAACAGGCUGGAACCCGCGGUAUAGAGUAUGACGAGCAUGGCGAGGACUCUCUCAUGGAGAUCGUGACGGGUACUGUAACAAACGCCUUUCAGAAUUGGGCACAAGGUCGGGCUCGUGGAAUCCAAAGCAACGAGAUGGACGAGCAGGAAAACCAGAUCACAUACAUUCAUCCGCCACCAAUAACUCACGACAACGACGCUGAGAUGGAUGAUGAAAGUGGGGAUCAAAGUGGCGAGAUGAGUAUGGACGUCACAAGAGCUGUUGGUGGUAUAGUGACGAGUCGGUCUCCGAGCAAGAAAGGCUCAAAAUCACCUCUCUCACGCCGCAGAAGCAGCAUGCGCCAUCGUCGCUCAUCUGGGAACGAAUCCGUCUUUGAUGAGACCAUGGACUUUACAGCUAUCCAAGGAGGGAUCAUCUCUGCUGGGAUUGAAGAGACGGUGAACAGCCGUGUGUCCGAUGAAGAUAUCAGCAUGGAAUUCACACAGGUGGCUGGAGGUGUCCUGAGUGGAGCAGCUAGUCGAUACUCGAUCGGCUCGACUCAGUCGGAUGAAAAUGAGACCAUGGACAUGACCACUGCCGCCGGGGGAAUCCUGCCCCCUAUUGAGGAGCAGACCGAGCCCCAGACGGAUGUGGAAGAGCAGACCGUGGCCAUGGACAUGACCAGAGCGGUAGGUGGCAUCCUUGUCAAACACGGCAAUCAGACGACAAGACAGUCUCCUGAAGACACCGUGAUUUCUUCACCACAACACGUACCACUUGACCAAACCACACCGAAGUCUCCACCAAAGUCGCACCAACAUCGAACCUCUAUAGCCUCAGAGACUGGCAGUCCGAGCAUUGCUUUGAAGCCACGACUGUCAGGCCGGCCCCAGCGAAGCGCCACGAAAACUGCUGCUACUCCACAAACUACACAGCAUAAUAGCACACCGGUCAAGUCACAGACUAGGAAACAGCAGGGCACUCCAUCAAAGCAGAUCACUCCACUCCCCACGCGAGCUGAGUCUCCAAACAAAACUCCAUUGUCUGCAAAUGUCUCGCACCGAAGUGCUUCGCCAAAGAAGCUGUUCAAAGCCGAAAUCAAAGCCAGGGCAUCCCCGGCCUCUGCAAAGCGAAACGCGCUUUUUUCUCCCGGCAAUCAGACUCCCAGUGUCGUCCUGAAAGCACCCAAAUCUCACCUAGGGCGUCGACGAUCAAGUGGGAUUGGUAUUGACAAAGAUGGAAUCGGCUCUCCGCGAGUGACCGAACUACUGGACCGUCGAUCCUCAAUUGGAGACGCAGCGCCUCAGUUCAAGCUUGCUAGCAUUGAGCCUACAACGUUGCGCUGUGAAGACCCACAAGAAGUUGCGCGAGAGGUAGAGGCCGAAAGAGCAGAAGAGCAGCGUCGAGAGAGCGGCAGAUUUGUCAUGGAACAAGAAGCCGACGAGCCUCAGGAUGAGAAUGUCACUUUACAGCUGAAAGACAUGAUUGAGUCGAUGACGCCGCAGAAACCAAAAUCUGGCAAACUCAAAGGCAGAAAGAGCCUUGCAGUUGGAGGUGCCAAAGGUCUUCUAGGAAAGCGGCCUGCAGAACUCGAUAUGGACGAUGACGAUGGCGAUUCAACUCCGAAGCGUUUGAGAGCGGUUUCUAGAGAAGGGAGCCCAGUGAAAAAGGUUCAUUUACCGAAGCCACCUACCAAGGACGAAACAACUGGCAGAUUUAGCACGAGACUUCAGAAAUCUCUCCAGGAGAUGGCUGACAGUGCUAAUGCAACUCCAAGUCUCGGACCAGCGUCGCCUACUAAACACACGAUAGCACCGAGCCCAGGCACUACUCGACGCUUCAAAGAUGUCAAGGUCAACGAUGAAGCAAGACCAGAAUCGUUCGAGGACAAACUUGAUAACGUGGUUGGAGCCAUUGACAUUUCCACCGUUCAGAUGGAAGAAGGAUCAGCUCGGAGUGAAGAGGACAAGAUCUCUCUCCAGCAGUUCUUGAACAUGACCAAUAUUCAUUUCAUCGAACUGUCAACCACGAAGCGGAGACACACAAUGGCACAGUCAAUGCCGGCCUCUGGGUCCCAGGCAGAUGUGGACGCCAGCAACACAGCGGAUAACUUCGUUGCGGCUGCCACCACAUUGCCACUCCUUGAACUGUAUCAGCAUGCCACGCGAGAGCUCAAGUCGUAUAUAUCGGCUGGUCGCAAGAUAAUCCGCUCUAUCGAAGCAGAAACUCUGGCCGACCAGCCACCACUUUUCCGGGAAUACGUCGAUGCUCGCCCUGACGUGAAGGUGGUGAUGGACAACCAAUUUCGCAACGGCAAGGCCAACGCUCGUCUGCAAAGCAAGGAGGGCUGGUAUCAGUGGAGAGCACAGCUGGUAGAAGGCCUCAAGAAUGGGCUAGAGGGUAUCGACCAUGGGAUACAAGCUGACCUUCAACUAUUACAACAACAGCAACAGAUACUAGACUCAGUGCUUCCUCGGCUUAAUCAAGAACGAACUGAUCUCGAGAACCGAAAGGCAUCGCUACAGCAGAGUCUGGAAGAACUGGACAGUAUCCAUCAUGAGUCAUUAACCAAUUGCCGGCGUGAAUUGCAGAAUGCCGACGAAUACUAUCUUCAAAGAUCUGCUUUGCUCGACUCCUUGCACGAACAGAUGCGAGAGAAAGAAGAGGCGCUCCUAGCUGCCGCCGAACUCAAGACCGAGAUGAAUGAUCAGAUUGCAGAGGCAGACCGAGUCAGGGAGGAAAGCAAGGGUUGGCCUGUCGCCGAUGUCCUGGACCUAAGGUCGAGGGUAAAUGCCAUCGAGAAACAAACCGGCUGGCGAUUGAUCGCUGUGGAAGAAGAGAUGGAUGAACCAACCGACUUUGGGCCUGCCCUCACCAUGAUGUACAAGGAUAAUCUACGACUCUUCUUCUACCCUCAAGCUUUCCAAUCCAAGGCUUCAGAUGCACCGCGGCGCAGAUCAGGGAGGAAGUCGGCAUCAACUAGCGGUCCAACGGCGCCUCUUAGCUUGACUUACGCUCCCACAGACGAAGAAGACUCUGAUGUCAAACCGUCCGAGCCACCAACCGAGAAACGCUUCUUCUUGCAGUUGGUCAGAAGCCAAUUGCACGCCUUUGCAAUGAUGCCCAAACGGUCCGUAUCGUCCAGAACAAUGCUGUCAACUGUUUCUCAGGGCUGGGAUCUUGCAUGCAAAAUUUCCGAAGAACUCCGACUUCUGAACCUCGUGGGCAUCACGACAGCCUCCAUCCUAAGUGACGAGAAACUCGGGGUCAAGGUCGCUCUGAUCACGCCGAAGCAAGGGCGGGUUGAUAUUGAAUUCGCGGUAACAGUCGCGAUUCUGAACGACGGUGACAUUGUUGCAUCGACCAGCGUAACUGCAAAUGCAAUCUAUGGCAGCUCGGUGGAACUGUUGAGUGGUGGAAAGGGUAGGAAAGUGCAACAUGCACUGGGAAAGGAGGCUGAGAGUAGAAGCCUGGGCGAAGGAGCUUUUAUCAGUGCCAUCCAUGGCUUUGAAGAGUGGCUGCGUGUACAGGACAAGGCGAGAUCAGGGACGAAGGUGGCUGUCACGAAUGCUUCUGCACCUGAGCCUGAGCCUCAGUCUGUUGCAUCGACUGUCGCCUCCAAACCGACAACAGUCCCUUCGACCUCAACCUCGACCCUGACCUCGGCUACCACUCCAGUGGCGCCCAAGCGCUCUCCUCUGGCUCCUAAACGAACCAACCCACUACAAAAGAAAGCUCUUCCAGUUCCGAAGCAGCGCCUCGAGAAAUUUCAGCCUCAGGCUCUGACCCAACAUCAACUUGCGCACACAGCCGCCGAGAAAGAGAACUUCAACCCAUCUCUAUCGGUCUCUGGCAAGAUGACUCCUCAGAAGCAGCAGCAGCAACGACAGCAAGCACCGCUGGAAGAUAAACGCGGCAUCGACUCGGCCGAGUGGGAGGACGUGAUCCCCAGGGCGGCCAUUCCGCCCGAGAUGCAGGAAGCCAUGAUGCACACACCCAUCAAGCGCGUGGGUGCUUUGAGGAGGAGUCCGAUCUGA